UUAGCUCUCACCCCGGCUAGAUUUUGCAUUGAGUGGAGACAAAAACCGAGAAGUGAUGCCCGCCUGGAUACUGCUUUUGUUGAUGUCUGAUUCACAGAGAAACACGGCACUGAGCACUGGCCUGCCAAAACACCAGAGGGGUGCUGUCUGUCCCUGUUGAGCUCCUCCUGGUGUGUGAGUGUCGGGUGUGUGUGCACCAUGGCGAGCCUCCUACGAGUUGUGGCAGCUAGCUGCUCGGCCCCUGUGUUCAGCGGGGUUUCGUGUGUGAAGCUGCGGAGCGGCCAUGCUAUCAAAUCGUCAUACCUUCGCUUUUUUAGGACCCAUCAAGCUCUCGGGCGAUGUGCCAGUCCAGGUAUUCCAUAUAAACAACUGACAGUUGGCAUACCCAAAGAAAUUUUCCAGAGUGAACGUCGUGUGGCGCUUUCUCCCGCUGGUGUCCAGGCGCUCGUCAAACAGGGCUUCAAUGUUGUCGUGGAGUCUGGAGCUGGCGAGCCAUCCAAGUUCCAUGAUGAACAGUACGCCCAAGCUGGAGCAACAAUAAAAAACAUUAAAGAUGUCUUGGCAUCUGAUUUGGUGGUUAAGGUCCGCGCUCCCAUUUUUAACCCUGAUUUGGGUGUCCAUGAGGUGGACAUGAUGAAGGACGCGGCUACUUUAAUCAGCUUCAUCUACCCAGCCCAAAACCCCGAGCUGAUGGACAUGCUUUCCCAGAAGAAGGCCACCGUCCUGGCUAUGGACCAAGUGCCCCGAGUCACCAUCGCCCAGGGUUAUGAUGCACUGAGCUCAAUGGCAAACAUUGCAGGGUACAAAGCAGUUGUGCUGGCAGCUAACAGCUUUGGUCGCUUUUUCACUGGACAAAUCACAGCAGCUGGGAAAGUGCCACCAGCAAAGGUUCUGAUCAUUGGAGGUGGCGUGGCUGGGUUGGCAGCAGCUGGUACUGCCAGGGCAAUGGGAGCCAUUGUCAGAGGAUUUGAUACCAGAGCUGCAGCUUUGGAGCAGUUUAAAUCUUUGGGCGCAGAGCCGCUGGAGGUGGAUUUCAAGGAGUCAGGAGAGGGUCAAGGAGGCUAUGCCAAGGAAAUGUCAAAGGAGUUCAUAGAGGCAGAGAUGAAGCUGUUUGCCAAACAAUGUCAGGAGGUGGACAUUGUCAUCAGCACUGCUCUUAUCCCUGGUAGACGGGCGCCCAUCCUGAUCACCAAACCAAUGGUAGAGAGCAUGAAAGAUGGGUCUGUGGUGGUGGACUUGGCUGCCGAGGCUGGAGGAAACAUUGAGACCACAGUGCCUGGAGAGCUGUCAGUAUACAAGGGAGUGACCCAUAUUGGGUACACAGACCUUCCCAGCCGUUUGCCGACACAGUCCAGUACACUGUACUCAAACAACAUCACUAAGUUGUUGCGGGCCGUCAGCCCCGACAAGGAGAACUUUUACCUCGACGUCAAGGAAGUGUUUGACUACGGGACCAUGGACCACGUUGUCAGAGGAUCUGUUGUCAUGCAGAAUGGAAAGAACCUGUUCCCUGCUCCUCAGCCUAACAAUUUGCCCUCUGCAGCGCCUCCUAAACCCAAGUCUGUCCAGGAAUUACAGAAGGAGAAGGCUUCCCAAAUAUCCCCCUUCAGGGCUACACUUACCACUGCUGGCUCAUACACUGGAGGUGCUGCUGUCCUGCUGGGUCUGGGUCUGGCAGCUCCUAACGCCGCCUUCACGCAGAUCGUCACCACCUUUGGACUGGCUGGCAUUGUGGGAUACCACACCGUGUGGGGAGUCACUCCUGCUCUGCACUCUCCCCUCAUGUCUGUCACCAAUGCUAUCUCGGGUUAGUUGUCUUUACUGUGUUCAGCUUUUAAAACCUGUCUUUCAAUUUGUGAAGUAAUUUCUCAGUGAUUGCAUCAGUUUGAACCCUCAAGUUGAAGAGUUGAGGACAUCUACAUCUUUAGGUCACUGAACAUUAAACCAGCACAACAUGAAACAUGGCGAACAAAUAUGAUACGGAACACCAUCAAAUUCUAACACAUAGUACUAGUAGGAAAUCAAAAUAAACAAUGUUAGAAAGCAUAAAAUAAAGACCUAGCUAGAGGAUCAAACAUGUAACAUUUCAGUCCAGCAGGUCUGCAGUCCAAAUAAAAAGAUUGCCGUUAUUGUCGGCGGCUGCUUAACACAGAGGGGUUAAGAGGUUAGAGAGGUAAGUGCAUGUGUGUGUGUUGUCGUGGCUUUGAUCGUGCUUAAGACCCACAGUGGGGUAGGAAGUAACACACCGCCAGUGAUCUUUGAGGGUCAGGGAAGUCCUUUGCUCAUUUGCUCGUUUACUCAUGCACACAGCCAGACACAAGAGCUCAGGUUGCAGAACCCAGCAGUGGAACACCAUCUUACUUUGUCUGCCCUAUUAUACCUUCUUUUCAGUCAUCUUGAAAUUCAAUAUCUGUCAAAUUCUAGCAAUGCUUUGGUUUUGCUCACACUUUAUAACGGCAUCAGUCUACAAGGCAAAGGUUCAUAAGAUCAUCACAGAGACCACAAAUGAAAGAAAUGAAUAAGCUCCUUAAAUUUUUUAGAAAGGGUACCUAUCUUCUCUCCAUGUUGUCUGCUUGCCCCCCAUCUGUCCUCCUCUCCUGUUCUCAACCUUUCCUCCCUGUCCAGGUAUUUUUCCUUCAUAUUUGGAGUGGCCUUUAUUACCUUUUUUAUUCUUGCCACUGACUGCAGUUAUGGAAACAGAAUUGUCUCACAGACCAACAGAAUUCUGCAGUUGUUGUGCCAGGCAUCAUAAAGAGACACACACACACACACACACACACAAUAUCACUCGCAGACAUUAGGGAAUAGUAUUGGAAUUUAGGGUAUGAGUGAGGGACAGUUAUAUUAUUCAUUGGGAGGUUAUAGUGUUACAACCAGGAGUGACUCUGGCUGGUGGGUCAUCUUAAGUUCUUCAGACGCUGGUCUUUUAUCCAUUGGCUUUAUAUGUGGUGUCUGAUAAAAAUGCUUUAAUCUACUUGAGAGCACUGACACACUGUCACACUCUGCCUGUAGCCUGGUAGCUAAUGUUUGUCACAGAGGCACACCUGCAGGACAUUGGCCCACCCAGCAUGUAUAUGUGCAGACUCUAACGCCUAUUGGCUUUCUUUCUGGCUAAUCUGUUCAUUGUGGUGGCCAGUCUUGCCU